GUGCGCUCUAUUGCGCGUCCAACUCGCCACUUUCCCGCUAGAUCUUCUCGCGACCUUACGUGGCAGGUUCACGAGUUUCUGGCGCCUCAAAGGCAAAUAUCAACAGCAGACAUGCGGCGCACGAUUGUUGCCAGGUGCUUGCUCGUAGCGGCUGCUGCGUCUGUGAUACAGGCUGAGCACCACAAUGCUUUCGCUAAUUCCAAAGGUCGGCUGAACGUUCAGUCCGCAGCAGUCUCUGGAUUGCGAAAUUUUUUGCACUCGCCCAGACGUGCAAGUGGAGGAAGAAACUAUGGAUCUACAAGCCAGAGGCAGCAUUUGGAUGUUGCUGUACCAAAUCAACUUAUGAACUCAGACUCAUCACUUCUAAUCCAUCUGAAAGACCAAGGGCUCUGGGAAAAGGAAAAUACAGUGGGAGGAUCCAACGCGCAUGCGGCCUUCAUGCCAACUUAUCUCGGAUCUCAUGCUCAAGAAGGCAAUUACGAACCAGAAAUUACUCCUGGGGAAGUUAACAGAGAAUUUAAAUACUCAAAGAAUGCAAUGAAGCCGAAGUCAAUCUUUCAGGAUGUCGACAUGAAUUUUGGCUCGAUUCCAGAUAUGAAUCAAAUCGUCAACAUGGAUGCUGUAACUGGGAAAAGGUUUGAAAGUAAAGCAAUUAAUGUCCGAGAUGCGUUCAGAGACGUGUUACAUGGCACCACCACUUCAUCUCUUGAUUCCGUUAAUCCAUCCAAGUCCAGCAUGUCAAACGGCCCCGGCGUGUUCUUCAACCUCAACGAUUUGAACGACCAGUUCGAACACGUGGUUGAAAAUAUGGGUGAAGAUUUCGACGGGUUAGACUUUAUUGUAAAAGAUGGAAAAGGAGGCGUAUACGUUGAUUUCUUACAGAUGUUGAAGGAACAGCAGGCAGCUGCAUCGCUUCAGGCUGCUGUCGCUCCUAGUCUCGGCCAGCCAGACCUAACCGACCCUAACGCUUUGCUCGCCCAGGAGCUGCGCAGGAAGAACAUCUCGUUCGAGGUCUCUAAAGAUGGCGGCUUGCUCUACAACCUCUGAAAAUUUCCAAUUUCUGAUGAUCCUCUUUCAAGAAAGAUGAGCAUAAAAAAUUUUCUGAAAAUCUUUCCUGAAGAGAAAUCUUCCUGAAUAUUUUUUUUUCCAGGAAAGGUGAGCAUAAAAAGGCAGUAAUUAAUGGAGAAUCUUAGAUCGUGUGUAAGAAAUUGUUAUAAUUUAUUAAUUUUAAAAUCGUCUUGAAAUUGUUUUUAUUUCGUUACAUUGCCAAUUAAACUCAUUGAUUUUUUUCUGACUGCAGUAGUGCACUCGAACACUCAUAUUAAUUUAAUUUAUGUUUAUUGUGUAUGAAUUUGAAGAAAACGUUCACGUUGAAUUAUAUGACGUUAUUCAUAAUAGAAGAAUUCAUCCGACGUACGGGACCCCAAUAUCUCACAAUUCACUGCUUUAUUAAAAUUUUAUGUAAGCCUACUGCACACCAUCAACUGUUUCCGCAAGAAAAAAUUAAUGUUUUGUAUCAAUUUAGAAAAUAUUUCAUAGCUGUA